AUGCAGCUGUUGCACUAUUUGGAAAGCGAGGGGCCUCACAAGUGUCGCCAACUGCUCCGCCUGAAUCGCGGAGUCUUCGGACGCCAAGCGGCAGUUUUGCUGCUGAGACAGUUGCAGCAACGCGUCGAGCAGAAGCAGCACGAGCAGCUGCUGCAAAAGCUGCAGCGGCUGCAGGAGGAGACAGAAGCGGAUAUGCAGAACAUACAAAACCAAAGGGAGCUUGAAGAAGAGCAGCAUCACAAGCAGCAGCAGGAAGAAGAGCAACAUCAGAAGCAGCAGGAAGAAGAGCAGCAUCAGAAGCACUGUGGACGGCGGCAAAAGAGGGAGCAGGGGCAGCUAGACGAGCUUCAGUUUGCGCUGGUGCAAAUAGAGAAGCAGCAGCAACUGGCUGCAGCACGCCAGCGGCAGCAGCAGCAGCAACUGCAGCAGCAGGCUGUUGGUGCGGUAGUAGAGGCAGCAAGAGUGCUGCAUAGAGGAUUCUUAGAGCAUGGAGCCUUCAGAGCCAAGCCGUUGAAUCACUGGAAACACAGGACCAAGGUGUGUUGUGUCUACGUGGUGCUGCAGCAGCUGUCGAGACUCCUGGCAGUAUUGCUUUCUGCUCCCGGCUGGCUGUAG